AAGCCUCACGAAUAAUGUUUUCACGCAGCCAUUUGCCAUGGAAACGUGGAUCACAGUUGCGUUGACCAUCGUGCUGGGAGCCAUUGCCGUGAAGAUCAACUUCGUGGUAGAGGAACAGCUGGAGCGGGAUGGCGAGUACCACGAGCAUUAUUCUUUGUUUACCAUGUGUACGGAAUCGUUGGCCAACUUUUGCCAGGAAGGAUAUGAAUUCAUCAAUCGGAGCUCACCGGGUCGCCUGUCACAGAUGAUGCUUUUCGUUUGUUCGAUUGUGGUGUUCAACUAUUACAGUUCUGGCUUUUUCUCCAUUCUGAUGCAGGGACCACAGAUGUCCAAUAUUAGGACUUUGACACAGCUGGCUGAUAGUCAAAUGAUAAUUGGUGUUGAUGGCACCGUGGAGGCGGAGGAUUUCUUCAUGAGAUCGAAUCACUCUGACGUACACAACUUAAUGGAGAAGAAACCUCUCGCUGAAAAUUUGCAUAUGAGUCCCUUUCAAGGCAUAGAAAAGGUCCGAGCUGCAACCCAUGCUUACCACUGUGACAGAAUGGUUGCCUACAACACCAUUCGCAAUUCGUAUGAUUUUAGCGAAAUGUGUGACCUUAACGAGAUUGAAGUGAUGCCCCCUCAAUGGGUUGGAUUGCUAGUUAGGAAAAACUUUCCAUUUCGCAAGUUGUUCAACAUCAGACUAGCCCGGCUACGUGAAGUGGGAGUUUUCAAUCGGUUUGCCGAGUUGUGGAUUACCAAGAAACCCGAGUGUCUAGUUACAAGUGUGGUCUCUAGCGUCACUCUAGAGGGAGCGUCUACCAUAUUUUUGCUGCUGAUGGCUGGCACCGUUGCUGCAUUCUUCGCAUUCGCUUUGGAGCGUGGGCUUUUCCACGCUAUCGGACGUCGUCUGGGGUCGAGUGUUUCAACGGUGUGA